AUGGUCAGGAACACUGUGCAACCUCCUAUGACCACUGCACCGUUGCAAAGGUCCUGGUCGCACGUGCUGCAGUGUUCGAUGCGUAUGUUGGCUGGAGUGUUUAUGGCGCAUGGGCCGUCGUCACUCCGACUGUCCGACGCCCAAGCGCACGACCGGAUAAUCAGCAGCUCGCCGUUCACUGUAAUUCACAUUACAAACAUCGAUAUUAUUCUAUAA